AUGUCAUGGCCAGACAGAUCUCGCCCGACCAAAGCGCACAUCACCAUCUCCUGCGUGAAUACCGCUGACUCACGAGUCACAACAAGUGCGGGCAUUUGUGACCCCUCCCCCAUCGCGCGAUGGUGCCUUGCAGCGCCCCGGCUGGACAGCAGUGGGGGUAGACCGGCCGGCUGGGGGGCAAGAACCGAGCCGAGAGAGAGCGAUAGACAGCCUGGUUGGCGCCGGCAAAAGCCAAGCAAGUUGAGAAGCGGGACCCUCUCGUGA